UACUUAUUUGGGAAGGAACAAAGAUCCAUGGAAGAGAAAAGAUUAUGGAAAAACUCAAAAGUCUCCCUCUCACACAAAUACAACAUGUGGUGACAGCGCAGGACCACCAUCUACUCCCAGACUACAUCAUCAUGAGCUCAAUUAUAGGACAACUCAAAGCGGAUAAUGAUCCUGUCAUAGGUUUCCAUCAGACGUUCAUACUGAGGAACAUAAACGACGGCUGGGUGUGCAUCAACGACAACUUCCGUCUGGCUGUUCACAACUUUGCGUGAGCGCUCCGACUCCCCCAGGCUGGAAUGAGGAACCUCUGCUGUUUCUCCACAGACAGGAGGCUGCGUCCACUCCACCCAUUGGACGGCUUUCAGUUUGGUUUAUGGUCAGAAUUCAUCAACUGAAAGUGUACGACGAACAUGAGACAGAAAUCUAUAGGUUUCCUUAUAUUUGUACUAAGUUAAAUAAGGACUCAGGGAGCUUCGAUCUGCAUUUAGUGACAUUUUAUUCAACAUAUUUUGUCAUAGGUUCAUCUAAUAAACCAAGAGAAAAGGAAACAUCUGUACAUCUGCGUCCUGAGUCCUGUCCUCCCAGGUUUGGUUUGGUUUUUGGGACAUUUAAAUACUUAUUUGUGUUACUUCAGAAAGAUGAGUUUUAUUCCUGCGUCUCAUUUAUUUCCAUAAGUCUUCAUAUUUUGUGCUUG